AUAUACGUCCUGUCGGUGUACUUCACCCAGUCACUGGCCGUUUUGGUGCUGCGGCUGGUUUGGGGACCCGUCAUUGGUGCUCUUAUCAUCUCGCCCAACGUGACACGGUGUGCACACAACACGUUAGCGCCAUUCUUAGCGGAGGACGCAGCGGAAAAGGUGUUGAGGAAAAAAUUCCAAAGGGCAUCUUCCGGGCAGGGUUGGUCACAAUGCAGGAUUUUUUUUCCUCUUCUUUCCAUCACUUUAAUUUUGGCGUGUCACAGUCGGAACUGCCAGCGGAAAACAUGAAUGAAGAGACGGAGAUCCAACUCCUUUUUCGCAUGGCGUUUGUUGCUCGAAAGGGCGACUUUGAUUUACUUGCAAAUCAUUGGAAACGGUCGCUUCCCACAUAUUCCGAUCGUCUCAUCUUCUUUUAUGGGCCCAAUGUGAAUAAAAAAUUUCAGGACGCCAUACGAUCACUGCCGUCUUCCUCUCAUGUUGAGGGCGUCUCUGGAGACAAAGAGGCCUUGAAGGACGAGAAGCGAAGCUUCAGCUCGGAGCUGGCACCCACAGCUCAUUAUUACAUCUCCAGCGUGGGACACGACCGCGGAACAUAUCGACUGGUUAUACAUCCGCCGAUGAGAAGAACGAACACAAUAAGUGCCGAUGAGCACCACGAACCGGGCCGAUGGAAUGGAUUGAGGGUGGGGGAUACAUUGGAUUCGUUGCUUAUUUUCCCUCUCCAUGUGAUUCGUCCAUCUCUUUAUGAAAUGCACUCGGGCCCAGACGGAUCGACAAUUUUAGAGAACGCGUUUUUUGACGACAAUGCCAAUGCUCUUUUGGUAUUAUUGAAAACUGUACUUACGGAAACUCAUGUAAACUCGCUUCAUAGAAGUGACAAUAACAACGGCACAGCUCCGUAUGGUUUUGUUGUUUGUGAAUUUCCAUUUAGGUUUGGUUGGGCUGCACUGAAAGACAUGCCUCAUGAUGCGAACAGCCAUCGAAUUCUCCCACAGCCAGUCAUUCGCGUUGGUCGACGAUUUGGAAAAACUGAACUUAAAAAAUUUGCCGGCCCUCAUUCCGCCAAUAAUAAUGGGAAUAAGCGUUGGUCUGAGCGUUGCCUGGCUUCUCAAUGUGCUUCUUUUGCUUCAAUGCAAAUUGAUCACCAGGCGUCGUUAGAGCGCCUCACGGACUCCCUUUUUCGGAAUCAUUCUCGGAGUGAAAUUGGCUCUUCUUGUUUCUGCUACUAUUGGCUCCGAUGUAGCAAUGUUGCUGGCACCACCAUCCCUACCCCUGAUCCGGCGAUGGUGUUCAAUGUCAUCUCAUUGGGUGUGUUCUUCUCUGGGGUUUUGACGGCCGGUGUAAGUCGUAUCACACGAAUGAUGUUUGACAGAAAGGAAGGACAAGACUUCGGUGAAGAAGGAUCCACACUAAACCGCUCGAUUGACGUUGAAGGAAAGAAGCAAAAAAAGUAG